CUGUCAUUAUUUUAAACUGUUUGGUUUGGUCCGAUCAAUUCAUUCAUAUUGAUUGAUGGCGAGUCACGUGCUCAUUAUGCGUAUGCUUGUUACACGCCAUUUUACCACGGGCCGGUCUGAGCCCCGCACUUGCUUGUUUGUCGAUAACUCUGUCAAUGCCUUCUGUCAGCAUGGCGAAAACACCUUCGGAUCUCAGCUAUCGUCAUGUUAAAAUAGAUGAUCUCGAUACAAUAGCUAAUUUGGAAACCAAUUCUUAUGAUCCCGACGAGGCAGCCUCCCGUGAGAGCAUUGCAAAGAGAAUUGACAUUGCACAAACUCGGCCAGCAUUAUUCCUAGUCGCAACGGCACAUACUGUCAUUGAAAAGUGUGAUAUGGAACUCGGUCUCUGCACUCAAGAAGAAGUCGAAACGGUUAUAGCCUUUGUCAACGCCACUUUGACAACAUCAGACCUUGUUACGGAUGAAAGUAUGCGUAGCCACGAAGAUAACGGUACAACCGUAGCCAUCCACAGUGUUUGCGUAUCUCCACAGUAUCGAGGUCAAGGUAUUGCACAAAAGCUGCUCGAUAACUAUUUGGAUGGACUCCGUGCUGCGGCAAGCAACGGCAAUAACAAACAAUAUAAGAGAGUUGCAUUACUCAGCAGACCUCAAUUGGUUGGCUUGUACGAGAAGGCAGGAUUUAAGUGCAUUGGACAGAGCUCUGUAGUUCACGGUCCUGAGCCAUGGUUUGAUUGUAUUAUUGAUUUGUAAUAUGGGACAGGGAACGAAGAAGUUUAAUUGGGCUUUGCAAUAAAACCAAAUUUACUAUUGUAUCCUAUAUACGUUGCCAUUGGAUUUGGCUUAUAGACAGGUGAAAGGCAUGGCAUCGCUGGGUUGUAACCUGAGUACUGAUAUUAGAUGGAGUAGUGAAAUGUUGUGAUGAAGCUUGGAC